AUGUUUGCCAAUGUUGCCCGAAAAUAUGACGUUGGAUUAAUUUUGGAAAGCCCAACAUGGCGUGCCAGUCCAGAUUGGAUGCGAAAAAUCGGUUAUGCUGACCAAGAUGUUGCAACUGUGAACCGCAAGGCUAUUGAAUUACUCUGCGACAUUCGUAAGGAGUACGAAACUGAAAAUUGUCCGAUAGUUAUUAAUGCAUGUGUUGGUCCACGUGGUGAUGCAUAUAAUCCUACCACAAAGAUGUCAAUUGAAGAAGCGCAAGCAUAUCAUGCGACACAAAUUGGUAUUAUCAGUCAAACCAAUGCAGAUAUGAUCACAGCUCUGGCAAUUAACUAUCCUGAAGAAGCUAUCGGAAUCGCAAAAGCUGCCAAGGCAGUUAGCAUUCCUGUUGUGAUAUCGUUUAUUGUUGGAGCAAAUGGUGAUUCUGGUGUUGGUAAAUCGAGUUUAAUAUCGCGUUUUGUGCAAAAUGAAUUUUCAUUUGAAAGUCGAUCAACUAUUGGUGUUGAGUUUUUAACAAAACAAGUACAAAUUGAUGAUAAAAUAAUUAAAGUACAAAUAUGGGAUACGGCUGGUCAAGAACGAUUCAAAGCAAUUACAAAGCCUUAUUAUCGUUAUGCAUUAGGUGCUCUACUCGUAUAUGACAUAAUGAGAGUAUCAACAUUUCAACAUCUUGACGAAUGGUACAACGAAUUGACAUCCAAUGCCGAUAAUGACUGUUGUAUUAUACUGGUAGGAAAUAAAGUCGAUCAACAACAUAUUCGAGUUGUUUCAUCAAACGAUGCAAAAAAAUUUGCUGAUCAAAGAAAUAUGCAGUAUAUUGAAACGUCAGCUUUGGAUUCUACGAAUGUGGAACAGGUUUUCCAAAAUCUUAUUCUUGAUAUUUGUCAAAAUAGGACACCUCCAUCCUAUACAUUACGACGACCCGACCCACAACCUCCACAGCGAUGUUGUUUCUCAUGA